AUGGCUACAGUGCGAAUUUGCGUUUGUGGUGACGAAGGCACCGGCAAAUCCAGCUUGAUUACCUCCCUCGUCAAGGGCGUCUUCGUCACGAAUAAGAUCCAACCAGUGCUUCCACAGAUUACUAUUCCUCCUACGAUUGGCACCCCGGAAAAUGUGACAACCACAACGGUGGUCGAUACGUCGGCACUUCCUCAAGAACGUACCAACUUGGCCCGCGAGAUCCGCAAGUCAAAUGUCAUACUCCUUGUAUAUUCUGAUCACUAUAGCUAUGAAAGAGUGGCUCUUUUCUGGCUACCGUAUUUCCGCUCGCUUGGAGUAAACGUUCCGGUGGUGUUAUGCGCCAACAAGGCCGAUCUUGCUACGGAUACAAGUGACGCGCAGGUGAUCGAUGAGGAAAUGCUACCCGUGAUGGCUGAGUUUAAAGAGAUUGACUCGUGUAUUCGCUCAAGUGCUCGGCAGCACCGGAAUGUUAACGAAGCCUUCUUCCUUUGUCAAAAAGCAGUGACGCAUCCUAUUGCCCCUUUGUUCGAUUCCAAGGAGUCGGUUCUUAAGCCUGCCGCCGUCGCUGCUCUGCAACGUAUCUUUUACCUAUGUGACAAAGAUCGAGAUGGCUUCCUGUCUGAUAAGGAAAUUGAAGAUUUCCAAUUGAAGUGCUUUGGGAAACCAUUAAGCGAGGAGGACCUUAUUCAUAUCAAAGAGACGAUCCAAAAGGCCUACCCGGAUUCUGUGACGCCAGCCGGGAUAACUUCGCGGGGCUUCCUUCACUUGAAUAAGCUAUAUGCAGAAAAAGGCCGUCAUGAAACCGUGUGGAUUAUCCUGCGAACUUUCCAAUACACCGAUAACCUGUCAUUGCAAGAAACAUAUCUCCACCCCAAGUUCGACGUUCCACCAUUCUCGUCCGCAGAGUUGUCUCCAGAAGGAUAUCGUUUUUUCGUCGAUUUGUUCUUGCUGUCCGACAAAGACAACGAUGGGGGACUCAAUGAUUCAGAGUUGGCGUCUCUGUUUGCGCCGACCCCGGGGCUGCCCAGUUCUUGGGCAGAUGACUCAUUUCCGUCUUCUACAGUACGAAAUGAAGCAGGCCACGUCACCCUUCAAGGUUGGUUGGCUCAAUGGAGCAUGACAACCUUUACGUCUCCCAAGACGACUCUAGAAUAUCUUGCUUAUCUGGGAUUUGAACCUUCUGACCGGAGUAACCUAUCAACAACGGUAGCUCUCAAGGUUACCAAACCACGCAAAAGACGGCGUCGACCGGGCAGGGUUGGUCGUAACGUGGUUCUUUGUCACGUCUUGGGUGCUCCCGGUGCUGGAAAAUCUUCCCUUUUGGAUGCCUUCCUCUCGCGGGGAUUUAGCAAUACAUAUCAUCCUACAAUUCAGCCACGCACCGCUGUCAAUACCGUCGAGCUCCCGGGAGGAAAACAAUGCUAUCUGAUUUUGGAUGAGCUCGGGGAGUUGGAACCAGCGCUGUUGGAGAACCAGAACAAACUACUAGACCAGUGUGAUGUGAUCGCAUAUACGUACGACUCUUCAGAUCCUGACUCAUUCGCUUAUAUCAUCAGGCUUCGUGCCAAACACCCUCAUCUUGAGGAAUUACCCAGUAUUUUCCUUGCCUUGAAGGCAGAUUUGGACCGUACCACACAACGCGCAGAAUGCCAGCCCCAUGAAUUUACGGCGCGCCUGGGAUUGCCGGCGCCGCCACUUCAUGUCAGCGCUACCUGGAGUUCAAUCCAAGAAGUUUUUAUUCACAUUGCCGAGGCGGCAAUGGAGCCUAGCACCACGUUCCCGCGGACUGAAGAGGACUUGGAAAGCAAAUGGAUGGCUUGGGGGAUUGCUCUAGGCGCCGUGGUCUGUGCCGGUGCUGCCGCUGUAGCGAUAUGGCAUCGAGUAAACAGUAGCAGCUCCUAG